AUGUCUGAUGAUAUUGACUGGUUACACAGCCGCAGGGGCGUGUGCAAGGUAGAUCUCUACAGCCCAACAGGACAGCAAGAUCAGGACCGAAAAGUGAUAUGCUUUGUCGAUGUGUCCACCCUGAAUGUGGAAGAUAAAGAUGCUAAGGAUGCUACUGGUUCCAGCUCAGAAGGUGACUUAAACCUGGAGAAUCUGGAAGAGAAAGAGAUUAUUGUGAUCAAAGAUACUGAGAAGCAAGACCAGUCUAAGACGGAGGGAUCUGUGUGCCUUUUCAAACAAGCUCCCUCUGAUCCCAUAAGUGUCCUCAACUGGCUUCUCAAUGAUCUCCAGAAGUAUGCCUUGGGUUUCCAGCAUGCACUAAGCCCCUCAGCCUCUAGUUGUAAGCAUAAAGUAGGAGACACAGAGGGCGAAUAUCACAAAUUACCCUAUGGGAACUGCUACAGUGUCUACGCUGACCAACUGAACAUGGAUUAUGUGGGCAACAGACCUCAAAGCCUACGUCUAGAAAUGGCAGCAGCCAAAAACACCAACAAUAACCAGAGUCCUUCAACUCCUCCAGCCAAAUCUCCCAGCACUCAGAGGGCAGUUACCUCCCCUGAUGGAGAAUGUUCUAUGGAUGACCUUUCCUUCUAUGUCAACCGACUAUCUUCUCUAGUAAUCCAGAUGGCCCGUAAGGAAAUCAAGGAGAAGUUGGAAGGAGGAAGCAAAUGUCUUCAUCAUUCAAUCUAUCCCCAAACUGGUGACAAAGGGAAGAACAGCCCCCGAAGUGCUGUGAGCAAGAUCGCUUCUGAAAUGGCCCAUGAUGCUGUGGAAGUGACCUCUGCAGAAAUGCGGGGCACUGGGGAAGAAGGCAGAGAAGGUGGCCGGAAAACUUUUCUGUAUAGUGAAUUGUCCAACAAGAACAAGGGUGGAGACAAACAGAUGUGCCAGAAAGAUAGCAAAGAAUUUGCAGAUUCUAUCAGCAAAGGGCUCAUGGUUUAUGCGAACCAGGUGGCCUCUGACAUGAUGGUCUCUGUUAUGAAGACUUUGAAAGUGCAUAGCUCUGGGAAACCAAUUCCAGCCUGCGUGGUCCUGAAGAGGGUACUGUUGAAGCACACCAAGGAAAUUGUGUCUGAUUUGAUUGAUUCCUGCAUGAAGAACCUGCAUAAUAUUACUGGGGUCCUGAUGACUGACUCAGACUUUGUCUCAGCUGUUAAGAGGAAUCUCUUCAACCAUGGGAAACAAAAUGCUGCAGACAUCAUGGAGGCCAUGCUGAAGCGCCUGGUCAGUGCCCUUCUUGGAGAGAAGAAAGAGACUAAGUCUCAGAGUCUGUCAUAUGCAUCUUUGAAAGCUGGGUCCCAUGAUCCUAAAUGCAAGAACCAAAGUCUUGAAUUCUCAGCCAUGAAAGCUGAAAUGAAGGGGAAAGAUAAAGGCAAAAUGAAACCAGAGCAAUGCAAGUCAUUGACCAGUGCUGAGAAAGUCAGUGAACAUAUCCUCAAGGAGAGCCUGACCAUGUGGAACCAAAAGCAAGGAAACCAAGGCAAGGUGUCUGGCAAAUUAUGCUCCAAUAAAGAAGAAAAAAGAGAAAAAAUCAGCCCUUCCACAGAUUCACUGGCAAAGGACCUGAUUGUCUCUGCCCUUAUGCUGAUCCAAUACCAUCUGACCCAGCAGGCCAAGGGCAAGGAUUCAUUCGAAGAUGACUGUUCUGGUUCUACCAUGGGCUAUAUGGCUCAAAGUGCCCAGUAUGAGAAGUGUGGAAGUGGCCAAAGUGCCAAAGCACUUUCAAUGAAACAUCUAGAAUCUCGUGGAGCUCCUGGACCAUCCACCUCUCUAAAGGAGAAUCAACAGCUGGACUCUCAGAAGCUGGAUAUGUCAAACAUCGUUCUAAUGCUAAUUCAGAAACUGCUGAGUGAAAGCCCCUUCAACUGUGAUGAUCUAUCUGAAGGUGAGAACAAGCGUUCUGAGUCCAGGACAUCUAAAGCAGCUUCCAUCUCCAAGAAGCCUGACAGAGGGGAAGAACAAUGCCAGGAAAAUCAAGAACUUGACUUUAUCAGUGGGAUGAAGCAAGUGAACCGGCAAUUUAUAGAUCAACUGGUAGAAUCUGUGAUGAAGCUGUGCCUUAUCAUGGCUAAGUAUAGCAACAAUGGGGCAGCCCUUGCUGAGUUGGAAGAACAAGCAGCCUUGGCGAAUAACCCCAAUUACCAGGCUGGUAGCUCCAGAUGUGGUCACAAUGCUGUGGUGUCACAGAACUAUCAAGACACUCCUGGGCCUGAAGUCAUUGUUAAUAAUCAGUGCUCUACGAGUAGCUUGCAGAAGCAGCUCCAGGCUGUCCUGCAGUGGAUUGCAGCCUCCCAGUUUAAUGUGCCCAUGCUUUACUUCAUGGGAGAUGAUGAUGGACAAUUGGAGAAGCUUCCUGAGGUUUCUGCUAAGGCAGCAGAGAAGGGGUACAGCGUAGGAGAUCUUCUUCAAGAGGUCAUGAAGUUUGCCAAGGAACGACAACUGGACGAAGCCGUAGGAAACAUGGCUAGAAAACAACUGCUAGACUGGCUGCUCGCUAACCUGUGAGCUAACAACUCCUUCAACUCCUCCCCAUCAUACUCCCCCCAGCAGCAUUCCCUCCCAGCCAAAGCACCCCCACCAUCAGGCCAGUGAACUGCACACUACACGAUUGUAUUUCCAAAUGCAUCUGAGUGGCUGCACUGUGCAAAUAGUGGGUGUUUGAAAAGCUGGGCAAGAACAUGAAUGAAAAAACUCAAAAAAAAGUGUGAUUUGUUUUCUUGAUUAGAUAUAUCUGAGGCACGGGAGGGGAAUGGGUUCAAUUCCCAAGACUGGUGUUACGGUGUUGGACUUGUGUCCAGAUUUCACCCUGGAUUAUCUUGUGAGUGCUGAAGACACACGGAUGUAACCCAUGCCCAAAUCCUUAGGUAAUCUGCCUUGUCUAAAUAAUC